AUGGCUGCUGCCAACUCUCCGCUAUUCCCCGCGUCUCUCAUCAGGCCGGACGUGGCAUCGGCCUUUCCAGCAGGCUAUGAGAUUCGCCCUCUCCAGAAGGGCGAUUACGCCAAGGGUUUCAUAGAAUGCCUGCGAGACUUGACGUGGAUGGCGGAAGUUACCGAAGCCGAGUUCAACGAACGCUACGACGAAAUGGACACGGGCGGCAAAGGUCCCUACUACUACCUGGUCGUCGAGCAUGCUGGUCGCAUUGCCGGUACUGGACUGGUCCUCGCCGAGAAGAAAUUUAUUCACAAUCGCUGCACAGUCGGCCACAUUGAGGAAAUCUGCGUCUCCAAGGACCACCAGGGCAAAGGUCUAGGCCGUCUACUCAUGAAUGCACUCAACUCUGUCGCCGACAACGCCGGCUGCUACAAAACCAUCCUCAACUGCAGCGAGGAGAAGCAGGCCUUUUACAAAAAGUGUGGCUAUGACGGCUCUGGCCUGGAAAUGGUCAAUUACGUCAGGGACGCGACGACGCCGCGAUAA